ACUUCACGUUAUCAGUAGCGCCGUCAUCAUCAGUGUUUUUUCUCCUCGCAUCCGUUUUAACUGAAAUCAGGACCAUUUUUAGAGCUAUGACGUGAGCAUUGUUGCGCAGUCCUCCCCAACGGCACAACAUUCUGGUUUGUUGGGGGGUUAACUACUCAAUGCUUUUGUUAGUUCCUAAGCCACCCACUCCCCCACCCUCUCCCCUCCAUCCUCCAACCACUGCGUCAGUAGGGGACUGGAACGAGAGGUAUAUAAGGACCCUGCCACCUGAAGCUCUCAAAAACCAAGAUCUCUCCAGCUUUACUCUGCACCAGGAGCUGCAAGGACUUUGAAGUUUCUGCUUCACUUCUCAGACCGCACUUUAACUUCAACUAUUUUGUCAGUAUGCAGCUUUUGUCCAGCUUAGUGUCUCUUUUGCUGGUGCUGUAUAGUGUCAGAGCAGCAGCUGUGCUUCCAGUCGAGGAGAGGAACCCGGCACUAAGUAGGGAGCUGAGCAAAGAGCGCAAGGAGCUAAUCCUGAAGCUGAUUUCUGGGCUGUUGGACGGAGUAGACAACAGUGUGCUGGCUGGGGAGAUAGCGCCUGUCCCCUUUGAUGUGGAGGAGCCCCUGGAGUCCCGUCUGGAAGAGCGGGCCGUCUACAACCGGUUAUCACAGCUGCCACAGCGCGACCGCAAAGCCCCGUGCAAAAACUUCUUCUGGAAGACCUUCACAUCGUGUUAACGGUGCCAGUCCUGCAACGACGACGCAAUCCUCCCUGAUACCUGACAUGAACUGUGUAGACCUCCACUACAUACCAUCUCCAGUGUCCGAAGAAAGGUCUUUGUGGACUUACUCUGACACAGUUUGUUUGUUAAAGACAUUGAUGAUGAUAUUUAUUUAUUUAUUGGUCGAUUAAGCUAUUUAUGGACCUUUGUUGUUUUUCAGCAUUAAAAAAAGCAUAAAGCAUGGUUACGAUAGUGGCUUUUUUGAUAAAAGAUGUCUCAUUUACUGUGGUCAAGCAUCAAUUUAUGUUUAACUGACUGAUGAAUAAAUAUAUAAUUGAUCACGGAGCCAGAUAUGUUACAGAUGAUGUUAACAGUGCUACAUAUAAACGUUUUCCCAAAAGAACAAAUCAUGUAUAGGCUGUUUAUUACAAGCUCAUCUGAAUGGCAUUUUCACAAGCUGUAAUUGUUUGACUCAUAAUACACCAGAUUAAUUGAUUGACA